GCCACCUGUUGCCAUGAAAACUCGAUACAACGCUGUGCGCAGCAGAGUUAGCAUGAUGAUAACAACCUGUAAAGAAAAGCACAGAGUCAGAAAUCCAUGCAAUUCAGCCUGCACUCUCCAGAUGGAGAAUUACCUAACAGAGAGCUAUCUCAAGCCUCCUGUCGAGUCAUGGAAGUAGCGUUAAAUCUGCAGGAAGACGCAGAGAAUGAGUCACUCCUGAUGCAGAGUUCAGCUUCAGCUUCAUACACUGAUGCUUCAUACUGACCAGAAGACUUGUUUUUUUCUGGUUUUGUGUUUUUUGACCUCCAGCAUGACUUGGUUUACAUUCCCCGUUGACAACCUGCUGUGCAGGUGUCUCAGCAUCACCAUCACACUGUGGUUGACUCUUCUGUUAGUUUUCACAAUUGUCCCAGCUGUCCUUGGAGUCUCUCUUGGUGUCCGCAGAGUCUACUUGAGGACACUUCUCAAGAUCUUUGAGUGGGCCACCUCACGCAUGGAGAUGGGAGCAAAGGAGAAGAACCAGGAACUCUACAAACCAUAUAGUAAUGGAAUCAUAGCCAAAGAACCUCCAUCCUCUUUGCAGCAGGAGAUCCAGGAGCUCCGAGGCUCCACCAGCAGUUUGCGCUCUGAGCCAGAGUUCGACAUGGGGGACGUUUUCUUUUUCUGUCGGCGGGGCAUGGAGAGUAUUGUUGAUGACGAGGUCACCACACGCUUUUCAGCACAAGAACUGGAGAGCUGGAAUCUGCUGACACGAAGUAACUACAACUUCCGUCAUAUAAAUGUGAAACUCACGGUGGUGUGGGGGCUGGGGGUCCUCAUCCGCUACGGUGUCCUGCUACCGCUCAGGGUCACUCUGGCAGUCACUGGCAUCAGCCUGCUCCUAGUCUUGACUUCUUUGGUGAGCCUCUUACCAAGUAGAAAGUUGAGGUCCUUCCUGAGUGAGAAGAUUCAUCUUUUGUGUUACCGCAUGUGCGUUCGGGCUCUCACAGCAAUCAUCACUUAUCAUAACAGACAGAAUAAACCAAAAAAUGGCGGCAUCUGUGUGGCCAAUCACACAACACCCAUUGAUGUCAUCAUCCUGGCUAACGAUGGCUGCUACUCUAUGAUUGGACAGAUACAUGGAGGGUUGAUGGGAAUGAUCCAGAGAGCCAUGGUUAAAUCCUCUCCUCACAUUUGGUUUGAUAGAUCAGAAGUCAAAGACAGACACCUAGUGGCUAAAAGGCUUAGCGAUCAUGUUGCUGACAAAACCAAACAGCCCAUCCUGAUCUUCCCUGAGGGUACUUGCAUCAACAACACAUCAGUGAUGAUGUUUAAAAAGGGCAGCUUUGAAAUUGGCUGCACCGUCUAUCCAGUUGCCAUUAAGUAUGAUCCUCGGUUUGGAGAUGCUUUCUGGAACAGCAGUAAGUUUGGCCUGGUUAGUUACCUGCUGAGGAUGAUGAGCAGCUGGGCCAUUGUGUGCAGCGUCUGGUACCUGCCGCCUAUGAAGAGAGAGGAGGGGGAGGAUGCAGUGCAGUUCGCCAACAGAGUAAAAGCAGCCAUAGCUGCAAAAGGGGGACUGGUAGAUCUUGUUUGGGAUGGAGGCCUGAAACGAGCAAAAGUGAAAGAUGCCUUCAAAGAAGAGCAGCAGAAACUUUACAGUAAAGUUCUCAUAGGAGAGCAGGAACAAAGGGACCAAAGUGACAACAGACAUUUAUAAGAGGAAAAUCCUGAGGAGGAUAUUAAUCAGAGAGAACAAUGAGGAAACAGUAGAUUAAGAUAAGUAUACACUACAAGUCAAAAGUUUGGAAACACCUUCUCAUUCAAUGUUUUUUAUUUAUUUUAGUUAUUUGAAACACUGUA